CAUUCUGACAUUUUGUUUUAUUUUUUGGAAAGCGAUUAUUUUUCCUCUUCGAAAAAGGUUUUUGUACACUUCAUCACUUCAUCUUAGUUCAGGAGAUAGCCAUGGCUAAAAGUGCAACACUUUUAAAUCUACUUCAGCUCACCGAUGCAGCCCUUAUAGGACCUGAUCUGGGAACUGUCAAUUUUCGACUGCUACACACUGUUCUCCAAGUUAUAAUCAAUCAGGUGGGAAUCGGUGGUGUUAAAGUAGAAUUUAGUGGAAGCGAAAGCGAGUUGAUUCAGAAAAUGAUUGAUCCCCAAUCACAAGGAGGCAUCAAGGCCACUCAGUACCAAAUUGCGAACGACGCAGGAAAGCAGUCGCAAAUGACAGACGGAGGUAACGUGGUAAUAGUGGCCACCAACGGAGACAACGAGAUGACUCCAUCCUUCACUGUCGCAGUGACCACGGAGGCCUUCGCCAAGUUGACGGGUGACGUUUCCGACCUUAAGGAGAAGUACAAGGAACUGACGCAGAUGUCCAACAAUUCCGAAUUGGUGAAGGCAGUUCGGACGAGCGUCACCGGCGGCGAGUCGGGGCCUAUCGUCGAUAUGUACCAGCUUCUGUCGUUGACCAAGAGGGUGGAGGCAGCAGAGAUGGGCAUGGCCAAGAUGGCUUCCAUGAUCGAAGAUUUGGCGAGGGAGAGCGGCGGUGGUGAGAGUGGAGGAGGUGGCGGUGGUGCUGCAACGAAAGUGAUCCAAGACGCCGCCAAGCUCAGGAGUUCCAUAGACAACGGCCAGGGUCCCGUGCAAGAUCAGGUGAAGGAGAUCGAGAGGAGACUGUCCGAGCUGGAGAAAAAACUGGCGGGGGGAAAUUUCCUGGGUACGCACCUGCCCAAGAUGUCCGAGCCAGGAGGUCCCGUGGUCGGCGAGGACUUCUCCAAGACCGACCUCUCGAAACUGAACGUGGAAGACGCCUUGGUUCUCAUCCAACGAGAGUUCAAGAACGUCAGGAACCUCAUCCAGGCCCUGGACGUGCCCGGUCUACAGAAGAAGAUCGAGGACGUGAAGGGAAAGGGAGGCGGUAAACACGGUGGUGGAGGAGGAGACAUCAGCGAGAAGAUGGCUCAGAUUGAGGUGCAUUUUCAUCAGUGCGUGGAGCAGAUAAACUCGCUGGAUACCAUGUUUCACGGCAAGAUGGAGACGGUUGGCAACCAGAUAGCGUCCAUCGAGCGAGAGCUGGGCAAGGUGUACGAAAAAGUGGCCGGCAUGACGGAGCAAGAAGGUGCGGGCUCGGACAGCCACCUGAUGGAGCUGUACAAGAGAUUCACGGAGCUGGAGAACAUCACCAACAACAUAAGCCAGACGACGGCUGAUCUAUUGGACGAGAAACAGGAGCGACUGAUGCAUUUGGCAAGCAUAAAGGAGCAGAUUGAGAUGUUGAAGACGGUGAAGGCGGAUAAGAACGAGAUAGAAGGGCAAUUGGCGGAUAAGGUGGACAUUUGCAUGAUCAACAGGAAGGUGUCUCACGAACAGUUCGACGCCACGUGUACGGAUCUAACUAAGGGUAUAGAGGAUGCGUUGGAGAAACUUACCAAACAGGAAGAACUUUGGCAACAAGCCCUCUCCGACAUACAAUCCGAAGUAGGAGCGAAACUGGACAAGAUGGAGCUUGGUCCCUUGAAAGAAUUCAUCACGAGCAAGCUGGGAGUGUUGCAGAGUAAACUGAAGGCCCUGAGCAAACUCAAGAAAGAACAAGAAGCGGCCGGUACCAAAGCAGCGCUCCUCAAGGACGUCAAGUGCAUAUCUUGCGAUCAAGACGUGGUGAUGCGCAAGCACAUGGAUCCCAGCCUGUUCCCGCAGCCCCCCGCCCUACCGCCGACCAAGACGAUGGCCCCCUAUCUCGCUUACGAGCUGGAUCAGCUGAGGAAGCAGCAGAAGAACCUGAACGCCAGCAGGAACCUGAACCACUUCGAGCAGAUCAAGAAGGGGGACGUCUGCAACCGAUACUGCGGGGGUAGUCACACGCUGACGACGCCCCAACAGAGGGUCACGAGGCUGGGGAACUUCCUGGAGCAAUGGGGCCCCGAAGUGACCACCGUGAACGAUUCUGAGAUCAAGGGGAAGGACGGAAUGAUUUACCGUGGUGAAGAUAAGGCAGAGGUGCCUGUUGUACAAGCUCCGAUCAUUGGAAAGGGCAGGCCUUCGAUGAUGGUACACGGCGACAUUUUGAGUGCUAGGCCAGGUUUCGAACUACCGGAGAAGUUGAGCGGUAAUAGAAACCGCAAGGGGUCGGACUCAGGAAGUAAAACUGCAGUUACUUUCAACAGUCCCGACUAGAUCAAAAACGCAAAUGUAUAUUGAGAGAAGCGGUUCGUAAUAAAAAUCAAUCCCU